AUGAAUUCGCUUCACAAACGCGUAGAUGGCCCAAUUCAAUGCGGUCCGGGUUCUCCUUGCAAGGACAACAGCUGCUGCGGCCCAGAAGGAAAGUGUGGAUACAAGGAACAAAACUGCGGCGCUGGUUGCACCUCGAACUGCGAAGCAAAGGCAAUGUGCGGUAUUGACUCAGCUGAUGGCAAGACGCGUUGCGGGCUCAAUCUCUGCUGCAGUCACUACGGCUGGUGCGGUACCGAAGAUGUCCACUGCAAAGAUCCCGAGCCGCAGUUUGGCAAGUCACCGUGCCAGGUAGGCUUCGGUUCUUGCCAGAAGUAUCCCUCUCCGUCAUGUUCAGGACGCUCCGCAUCGACCGGCCGUCGCGUGGGCUACUACCAGGGCUGGAAUGUCCGAGAACGUACAUGCGAUAUUGUCAGGCCUGCUCAGAUUAACACUAAGGGGCUUACUCAUCUCUUUUUCUCCUUCGUCUUCUUUGACCCAACUACCUUCAACAUUAUGCCGAUGAAUGCUGCCGAUCCCCCGCUGUACCGGGAGUUCACGAAGCUGGCAACAAACGGCUUACAAACCUGGGUCGCGAUUGGCGGCUGGAGCUUCUCGGAUCCUGGAAACACUCACACUGCUUGGAGUGACAUGUGUGCGACUGCAGCAGGCCGCGCUGCGUUUAUCAAAUCGCUGAUUGCCUUCAUGGACGAGUACGGUUUCCAAGGCGCGGAUCUGGACUGGGAGUAUCCCGAAGAUGCGAAGAGGGGAGGUAAGCCUAGUGACGGCGACAAUCUGGUUCUUUUGGUCAAAGAGAUGCGAGCUGCAUUUGGAAGUCGAUAUGGUUUAUCCUUAACACUCGCACCGGACUACUGGUAUCUGCGAGGCUUCAGACCAGCCAAAAUGCAGCAGUAUGUAGACUUCAUGGGCUUUAUGUCGUACGAUCUCCAUGGGCCUUGGGAUACCGACGUUAAAGCACUAGGUUCCAUUGUCCGACCGCAGACAGAUAUCACUGAAAUCUAUCAGAAUUUCAAGCCCCUAUGGUUCGAUGGCGUCGACCCUGCGAAAAUGAAUAUGGGUCUGGCCUAUUACGGGCGCACUUACAAACUUGUCGAUGCGUCCUGCGGUAAGAUGGGCUGUAGCUUCGACGGUCCUGGUGCUGCUGGGUCGUGUACUGCAUCCGAAGGAGUUUUGUCGAACCGCGAAAUCCAACAGAUGAUCAAGAAGGACGGACUGACACCCUACUUCAACCAAACGGCAAUGGUCAAGUACCUGACCUAUGGUGGCAACAAUUGGGUAGGUUACGACGAUCCAGAGACUCUCGCUCUGAAGGAGAGUUUCGCCAACUCGCUAUGUUUGGGUGGCCUCAUGAUAUGGUCAAUCGACUUUGACGUAGGAGUAGGCAGUGGCCUU